AUGGGCAGUGGUAGUUCUAAAACGCGUGUUCUACCUUUUUCUCACUCACAGCACACCGUUAGCGGUGCUGACUUUUACUGGGCUUGCCGAAAUGAUAACUUACAAGCAGCGAAAAAUAUAUAUCCACAUUUGACAUACGAGCAACUCAAUGAAGUCCAGCCUAAUGGCAGUACAGCAUUGCAUGACGCAUGUGCCCGCAAUCAUAUUCAUGUUGUGAAAUUUCUAUUGGAGAUUGGUUGUUCUCGCACGACAUUGAAUAGUCAACAUCAAACAGCAUAUGAGAUAGCUUCACCCGCAAUUCGGGAACUGUUUAAGCGACCAACGUCUGAACGAUUUGUUCAACACUAUGCUGGCGGCCUGAUCAAGAACAAUUCUUUUAAUAAUGCGAAAGAUGAUGAGCUCGAAACGCCAGAUGAUUGGGUCACAGGUCGUACCAGUGAUUAUAGUACCUAUGAAGCGCAGUUUAUGUUAGCUCUUGGUCAAUCAAAUUCGGUUUUCAAAAACAUCGUAAAGAAACGAUUGGAAAGAAAUCAUAAUGAGGAGUUGCUCAAAUUAUUCAACAAGAGCAUUUCACCAAUUCAUGGCGACUACAAAAAUGCUAAGAGUCUACUUGAAAAGUUCUUCCAAAAGCUGGGUGUGCGCCAUUUGAUAACAUUAUACACGAUGGAAACUAGCUUCUAUGAAAACUUAAAAGACGAAGCUGAUGCUCUCACUGCGAUACUUUAUCUGAACUUACACGAAUUACGAAAUCGUUCUUUUACAGGACGUUCAUAUCGGGGAGCAACAAUGAACCAAAGUGAUCUAGAUGCAUAUCGAUGGGCGUCACAGAAAAAAGAAUCAUGGCGUACUCAUAUACUUGAAACACGAAUAUUACAAUCGACGUCGACAGAGAAGUCUGUUGCACUUGGUUUUCUAGGAGGGCAGCACGGCUCUGAUCGUUUUUCUGUUUUGAUUGAAUUCGAAUUUCCAGAUCACAGUCCAACGGCUAUCAACUUAUCAAAACUCUCCGAACAACUACCCUGUCUGUCCCAAUACGAAGAUGAAAAUGAAGUGCUAGUAUUACCAUUCACACUAUUUACACUUCGAGAUUUUAAAGAAAAUGACACGGAUGCCGAUUAUCGAAUUAUCUUACAACACUAUCCCACACCUAAACGAUCUCUAAGAAAAGCAGCGAGUGAAUCUGACUACUUCUUUAUAUAA